AUGUCCCAUCCACAGCAGCCCCUGGGCCCACCGCGCCAACCCACUGGCUACCCGACCCAGACGCCCUACCCAUCCGCAAUGGCCGCCACUCCCUACGGAUAUGCUCCGACGACUCAACCCGGCGAUGUAUACCGCGCGAGUCCCGGUCUUGACCCCUCUCAGCACCUACCUAGCAUGCGGACGCUCGAUGUCGUACCCCCGCAACAGCACGCUAUCCCUCCUCCGCCCUCGACUGGGCCUCCGGCGAUGGGACUGGGUAUGGGCAUUGGUCAUCACGGCAUGAAUCCAUUCUACCCUUCAGCGUUGGCCAUGGGAGGACAGUAUUUGCAUACCGAUCUCAUGCGGUAUCCGCUACCACCUCACGACCCUCGCUUUCAGAUGGGCCGAGGUCCAAAAAAGGAGAUUAAACGGAGAACGAAAACUGGCUGCAUGACGUGUCGCAAACGAAGAAUAAAGUGCGAUGAGACACAUCCGACCUGCAACAACUGCCGAAAGUCAAAACGCGAGUGCCUUGGUUAUGAUCCCAUCUUCAAACAGCAGCAUGGUCACCCACAACGGCAACAACAGCAAAACCAGCAGCAACAGCAGUCUCAGCAGACCCAACAUCCUCCCGGGCAGCAGACACAACAGCAACAACCACUACAGGUUACGCAGCAACCUCAACAGCCGCUGCAAACAGCGACUAAUUCGCAGAACCAACUCCAACAACCACUUCCGCAGCCCCACCAAGCGCAGCAGAUGCAACAACCCCAAUCUCUAUCCGCAGCGCAAGUACACCAGCCUCAACAUCACCAAAACCAACCACCACAGCAACAUCAGCAUGCCGAUCAAUCUCUUCAACCACCCCAGCAACCCCUCCUCCAACAACCACCCUCUCAGCAUCCCGUACCUCAGCCCCAGCCCGGGUUGAACAUGGGCAACCACUUAACGCACCCAUCCGCACCCUCUCCGGCAAGCGCCCCAACCAGCAACCCACCACCGUCCUCUUCCUCUCUGAGUGGCGGCAUAAAGUUCGAACCACACCUCAAACUCGAACCCCACAUUAAGCUCGAUCCUCAAGCCCCUCCUGCCGUUCCCGGCCCGACUGCCUACGCUCCACAGAACGCCAACCCGGGAAUGCAUAACUCGUAUUCCCAGCCGCCGAACCUUCCCCUCCCGCAGGCCGGCAUCGACCCUUCCUUGACGCACACGCAACCCACUCCGCCACCGCAGAUGAAGACCGAGGUGGCAGAUUAUGGCUCGGGUAUGGGCCCCUCACUGCAGCAGCUAGGCCAUCCUUCUUCUUUAGGACAUGAUAUGGGGUCUUUGGGUCACGGGCAUUCUCAUCAGCAUCCAGCUACGCAACCGCACUCCUACUCGCAUCCUCAUGGCCACGGUCAUAUGGGAAAUAGCGGAGUUCAUCUCGGGGGCGGCGUUCCUACACAAUAA